ACAGAAACGCCACCGAAAAUGGAAGUGUGCUGCAGCCUCCGCGUUACAUUACCACGGUUGUCGACUCCCACGCUCAGCUGGGGUGGAGGCAACCCGGUGGUGUGACUAGCUGCGUACAGACCGAUGUGAGCAACCGUAGCAUUGUCGCGAGGAGGAGGGAACAGCAGUCCGGAGCUCGGUGGAUUCGCAAUGCGAGAAGCCGGAAGAAGGGGUCUGACCGCACCCUACAGAACACGAAUUGGAACCGCGAUGAGAUGAUGACGACGAGCCUGGAUCAACGCCAUUUCCGAUCUGAAGUUGUCAUUAGAUGCAUUGCAGUUUUAUGUUUGUGCCUAUGUAUAUAAAAAAAAAAAAAAAAUUGGCACGGAUUUAGAUGCUGUUUAGCCCUUUGAUAAUUUGUCAUGCGAAGCAGCUUGAUCGUCUUGCGGCUCAUGGUCAUUUUGCAUGGCAAGUCAUGUAACGGCUGAGAGUGGAACGCUUGAGAAUCCCAUAGCGUUGUUGCGCUCCCUCGGAACGAAGCGUGCGCCGGCGCCAUCGGUGAAGAAAACGAUCGAGGACGCGCUGGCGUUGACAUCUUUUUUUUCUCCAGCUAAUUCUAGUUUUCCAACACAGAGGACUUCUUCGUCGUCGUCCGUUUCUGCAGCUGCAAAGAACUUAUCCAGGCAGCGGUGGGAGAAAGUGCAACGCUUGUUGGCGAAAAACCCUGAAGAACUGUUCGCAAAGAUCUUGGACAAAACCACAAAUGACCUGGUGAAGGAUUGUGCGGCCGACGAUGAAUUCGCUGCUGGUGCGGGGAAUUUUUCACCGAGGAAGCAGCUGCAAGUAGAAGAACAUCUUCAGUUGUGCACCAGGACGACCAGCUACUCGUCUUCACCGAGGAAAAGGAACUCAAAAACUGCAGGAGCAGGAGACGUCAUUAGAAACGCUAACGCCGACCAAAUUUCUGAUUCACCAGUUGUUCUACUUCCGCCCCAACAACAAGAUCCAGCGAAGUCACAGCUCAUCUGCGAAGUCACCUGGUUGGCGGACUGGGCGAAAGCCGUUGUCGAGCUUCGGAAGCUGCUGCGCCACAGCUUACCGAGGGUGCGGGAACAGAUCGCGAAGUUUGCGCUGGAGGAGGCGGAAAAACAAAAAAACCUGGAACAUGCGGAGGCAAUUGCUGUCACCGCAGAGGAAGCCCGUUCGCGGGUUCUGCUCAAGCUUUUCGAAUUGCAGAAACGAGAACAGGAGGCAAAAGCAGCGGCAAGGUUGGCCUGCCGGAUUGACAAAGUCAUGUCGCGGCGAACGAGGGAUUUGCCGGAAGAAUCAGAGAAACGCUGGAAGAAAGUGGAUCAAUUUCCUGCAUCAAAUCCUGCUGGUGAACAAGUCGGUCCGGACACCUCCACGAGCAUUCCAAAACCAGCAUCUGCUGAGCCGGUAGCUGCGCCAUUCUUGCGGCAGAAAUCAGAGUUUUCUACCACACGCGGACCGCAACAUCCAGUACAACAGAAAUUCGCUUCGGUUUUCUUGUCAAAGCUUCGCGAGGCCCAGCAGCGAGCGGAAAAGGAGAACUUGAGCAAGAAAAAAGGACUCAUAAUGGGCGCCGUUUCAUCAUCUGAUGGGGAGUUGCGUGGAACUACAUCAAUCGAAGCGACAGCAACAGGGUCUUCUUCUUCUUCAAAGCAUUUCUACGUCGGGGGUGAGCACCACGCUGAAGAAUCCGGGCUGCUGCACCGAAACAAGAUCCAAGCUGGUUCGAUCAAACACUACCUCGACAAGAACACAUCGGUGAUUCGACUAGCUGAAGCGGCUCGGGUCCGCGUGACUCUUCCCGCUGAUGCGAUGUUGAGCGCCGAGAGUCUGCUCCGGGAAGAGCAGAUGAACGAAAGUAAAGCUGACACUGUAUUUUUAGUAGAUCCUGCUCGACGCCAACAAGAAAGCGUGGAAGCGUCAAACAGGCCAGAGGGGGACCCCUGUGACGACACGACCUUGGAAGCCGCUUGUGCGCCUCUGUUGCAGGAAGCUUGUGGUGGUAUAGCUACUACUGUACAACAACCACAAGAACUCCCCCCUGCAAUCUGGAUUGGUCUUGUGAACGAGGGUGGCCGUUCUGGAAAGACCGACGAUCAUGAGUCCACCACGUUAUUAACAACUCCACAUGAUUCAUCUACUAGUGCACCAGUAGCCGAACCUCCAGAUGCCGAGUUGCAAACGCAGCUCCUUCGGGUUUUCACUCGCAGACUUCUGCACAAGUUCCCAAAGCUCCAUGAGUCCAGAUUUCGCUACGUCGUCGACAAGAAAGAUGUUGACCAAGAUGUUGGUGUAAAACUAUCGGCGCCAGUGAUAGGAAACAAUAAUAACAGGUCGUGUGUACCAGCCCCACGAGACCCGUUGCAGCAAGACGACGAACUACAGCUCCCUAAAGCCGUCAGCCUCGAUAUCUAUCAGGAGUUCCUCCCCCCCGUCUAUUUCGACCCCGAAGACGCGAAAACCAGCACGGACUUGCCGGUUAUGUUGCUGGCGAUUGGUGUCUGCGACUGCAUUUUGCAGAAGAUGAGAAAAAUGCAAGAAGAGCAAGAAGGUCAUGAGUCAGUGCCCAAGGCGGGGACUACAAACGCAAAACAUAAUAUUAAUGGUCGAAAUUUACAUCCUCUUUGUCCGCCGUCUUCCAGUUCGGAGGCGACGCCAACCUGGACGUUGAUAGUGGAAGGCCACGCGGACGAGGGCAUUUCUUCCGAAGAGUUGCAAACCAGUCUCUCCUGGGAUCGGGCGGUGUUCGUCGCGAGCUUUCUGCGGGUGGCGGUCAGGAAAGUCGAAACCGCGAUAGCAGGCGAAGAUCCGAAACUGCUGGAAACAUUGCGCGAUCGCGUUUGUGGGCUACUAGAGCAAACGAAAGUCGAUCCUCGUGGACCCUCGGCCAAGAAGUCCAGCAGCGAACCAAAAACAAAAUCUCCGAGGAGUCCUCGCAGGAGAAAUCACAGCGCAGGCAAACGCAAACAGAGCGCUAUCGAAGACGAUCGAUAUGAUUUGCGACACUCGGAAGUUAAGCUAGAAGAAUUCUUCGAGGAGGAUGAAAAUGAAGACGAACAAAGGGGAACAAACGUGAAUAAGGUGAAACACGACCACAUUACUUCUCAUCCGAGCUGCAAAACAUCUGCUUCUCCGCUUGUGAAGUUGAAGGUGCAGUGUUUUGGCCGAGGCACGAAAAACCGCAUCUCGCACGUUUUUGGCGAGAGUUGGAAAAACCGCCGCUGCAAUGUUUACCUGAAGGAGGACGUCGGAUGAUGAUUAUCUUCUGAACGCGAAGAUACGGAUAAAACACGCCAUCAAAUUCAGCUUUUGAGCAGAUCCGCAACGAGAAGCAUCACAUCAGCAUCGCAUCAGCUGAUCCAAAUGAAGCUGCGAUGUAGAUCCUGCUUUCACAUCCAGUGAUUGCAGAAGAAC